GACAACAAAGGCGAUAUCAUUGUAAAAGCAGGAGCAGAAGGCUAUGCUACAAUAUUCAGUAAUUAAAAUUCAGUAGAGAAUAUGAUGAUAACAUUUAUGUCUCCCAAGCGGGGAAAAAAAAAUUAACAACCCUGACUUGACGGAAGACUGCCUCAAAGGCUGUGUGUCGACGUACACAUCACGACUGCACCUGAGCCGUCAUAAGAAAAGCAAAUCCCGCACUGAUGAUUCUGCAGUAUACCAACCCCUUAAAAGACAACGACAGUGUCUAAUGUGCCGUCAUUAGGCAACGGAAACGAGAACGGCAACGGCAACGGGAAAACCUCACGAGGACUGGGGUGAGGAAGUAAUGACGAGUGCAGUUCUAAACAAAUUAAGCAAACACAAAACGGCAAAACGCGAGCAUUCUUGUUACUUUAUUCCCGACUGCUAUCGCAAUUUUUCGCUUUAUUUUUUUAAGUUAUAUGUCUUAAUCUUAAAUCACUUAAUCGAGCAAAAGAGCAACUUCUGCAGAGCCAAGCUGAUGGAAUCAUAGCCGACGUGGAGUUUGUUUUGCUUUACGAUUUAAACAAACCAGACAAUCUUGUUCCCCCGUACGAAAACUAAAAAAAAAUGUUUCACGUGGAUCUUUUGGAGGAAGAUGAGUGCUCAUCUGAAUUUAGGUUUUACAAGCGAGAUAUCCCUGCAAUAUCUGCAAAAGAAUCUCCAUUGGACAACUGUUUCGGAUUCAUCGAUGGAAAUGUGGUCAGACCUAUUUGCCGACCAAACCAGCACCAGGAGAUUGUGUACAAUGGCCUCAAACGAGUUCAUAGCAUAAAGUUCCAGUCCGUGGCUCCCGAAUGGCAUGAUGGGGAACAUGUAUGGACCAAUAGAGAGGGAAAACGACAUGAUGCUUUCAUGCUGCGGGAGUCUGGCCUCCCCCACGAUCUUGCGCUGCAUGCAUUUUCUAGGCCUCCUGCACCACAUCCACUAUGCCUUUAUGGAGACCCAGCAUAUCCACUCCGCAUUCAUCUACAAGGCCCCUUCGGCAAUACAGUCCACCCCCUCAAACCACAGAUGAAAGAAAAUAUACUUAGAUUAAAAUACUUCUAUGUCACCAUAAUUAAAAUAAGCAUCAGAUAAAAGUUUUUUUUUAACAUUUUAAUGAUAUUUUUUAAUAAUAUUAAUUUUUGCCAUAAAGAAGCAAAUAUUUUGAAUAAGGUUUAUAUUCAGAUGCGAGAAAGCCUUGCACUGGAAGAACAUCACAAAUCUGUGUAAGCUAAGAAAGUAAUAUAUUACUUCACUAUAAAUAAUAAAGUUCAAUAAAUAAUUUUCUGAAACUA